AUGGUAGGCCUGAAACCCUCAGACGUGCCCCCUCCCCUCGGGGUCAAGAUGGCCAGCGCGGGGGCGGCGGCUUGCAUCGCCGACAUCGUCACCUUCCCUCUGGACACUGCUAAAGUCCGACUUCAGAUCCAAGGUGAGAAGAAGGUGGCGGCGGCGGAAGCCAAGGCCAUUCGCUACAGAGGCGUGUUCGGGACCAUCAGUACCAUGAUACGCACCGAGGGCCCGCGCUCGCUCUACAACGGGCUGGUGGCGGGACUGCAGAGACAGGUGUGCUUUGCCUCGGUCCGAAUCGGCCUCUACGACAACGUCAGGGAUUUCUACACCGGAGGAGCGGAAAACGCGGGAGUGUUGAUGCGCAUCCUGGCCGGCUGCACGACGGGCGCCAUGGCGGUGUCUUUCGCGCAACCCACCGACGUGGUGAAGGUUCGAUUCCAGGCUCAGAUGAACCUAGACGGUGUGGCGCGACGCUACAGCGGGACCAUGCAAGCCUACAGACACAUCUUUCGCAACGAAGGACUGCGAGGACUAUGGAAAGGAACGUUGCCUAACAUCACGAGGAACGCGUUGGUCAACUGCACUGAGCUAGUGACGUACGACCUCAUCAAAGAAGCCAUCCUGCGACACAAGCUCAUGUCAGACAACCUGCCGUGUCACUUUGUGUCGGCCUUCGGCGCCGGCUUCGUCACUACGGUGAUCGCCUCUCCGGUGGACGUGGUGAAGACCAGGUACAUGAACUCGCCGCCGGGUCAGUACCGCAGCGCUAUCAACUGCGCGUGGACCAUGUUGACCAAAGAGGGGCCCACAGCUUUCUACAAGGGCUUUGUGCCGUCCUUCCUGAGACUCGGCUCGUGGAACGUCGUCAUGUUCGUCUCCUUCGAACAAAUCAAGCGCGCCAUGAUGGUGACCAAGAAGCGCUUUGAGACGUCCAACUGA